GCGACCCGACAGCACCUGGGCUCCAGGGUGGCCCGCCAUGGCUGCAGGAGCCCUCGAUGCGGGGUCAGCACUCCCAGCCCUCUCCAAGUCCUCCCUGCCCCUGGCCGCGCUCAAUGUGCGAGUGAGGCGCCGCCUGUCGCUAUUCUUGAAUGUGCGCACACAGGUGGCGGCCGACUGGACCGCGCUGGCGGAGGAGAUGAACUUCGAGUACUUGGAGAUAAAGCAGCUGGAGACGCGCCCCGACCCAACUGGCUGCCUGCUGGGCUGGCAGAUGUGCCCCGGCGCGUCGGUCGGCCGGCUGCUGGAGCUGCUUGCCAAGCUGGGCCGUGACGACGUCCUGUUGGAGCUGGGGCCCAGCAUCGAGGAGGAUUGCCAAAAGUACAUUUUGAAACAGCAGCAGCAGGAAUCUGAGAAGCCCCUACAGGUGGCCAGAGUGGAAAGCACUGUCCCACAGACAAUGGAACUGGCGGGCAUCACCACACAUGAUGAUCCCUUGGGACAAGUGCCAGAACGUUUUGAUGCCUUCAUCUGCUACUGCCCCAGCGACAUUCAGUUUGUGCAGGAGAUGAUCCAGCAACUGGAACGGACAGACUAUCGGCUGAAGUUGUGUGUGUCUGAUCGUGAUGUCCUACCUGGCACCUGUGUCUGGUCCAUUGCCAGUGAACUCAUCGAGAAGAGGUGCCGUAGGAUGGUGGUGGUUGUCUCAGACGAUUACCUGCAGAGCAAGGAAUGUGACUUUCAGACCAAGUUUGCACUUAGCCUUUCUCCAGGUGCCCAUCAGAAGCGACUGAUCCCCAUCAAGUACAAGGCAAUGAAGAAGGAGUUCCCCAGCAUCCUGCGGUUCAUCACCGUCUGUGACUACACCAACCCCUGUACCAAGGGCUGGUUCUGGACCCGUCUGGCCAAGGCCUUGUCCCUGCCCUAAAGAUAGUUCUUGGACAUGGGUGUCUACAUAUGUUCAUACUCUUCUGCCCCUGCCUCUUUUUGCAGUUCUAGGGAGCUCUACUUGCUGUAGAGCUCUACUUGCCUCUCCAUUCCUAGUGGUGCCAGCUCCAUAGACACAUCUGCAGAAGCCAGGCUUCAUCUGGACACCACAACUCAUGUCUUUCAUGGAAUCAGUGACUAAGAAUGGCACAUUCACUUUCUGAGUUAUCAAACAGGACAUUGAUGACCAGGGUCAGCUGGGACUAAAUUGAGGAACAGCUGAGCCCACCUCUGAGGUGUUUUGACAUCUUUGGCCUCAGUUUUCACCUAAGAAGCAGGUGUGGGAAUCAGACAGCAGCUGUGUUUGAAUCACUGCAGGAAAUCUUUAAACAUUGUUCUGGCUCUCCUAGGGAACACAGCCUUGGCUCAGGGAAAGCAGGGCUACAUGCUGGCUUCUCCUGGGACCAGCUGUCUUGCUGAGGCAGCUGCUUCCAGAGUGGUGCCUGGAUGCUACCUCACGUUCUCCUUCCUUCUCUCCCCAGGGCAGAUGGGUAAUCAGGCUGAUGCAGGCAGAGAAUCCCAUCUUGAGCCUGAUCCUUUAAAGGCCCCCACCCCCUAUCUCAUCUGCAUCUCUGACUCCUUUCAGCUUCUGCCCCAUGUCCAGUGGCAAUAAGGCUUCAACUGAAGCAGUUGGGGCUGCUUUUCACUUCUACUACCCAGAUGCCUGUGGGCCCAACUCAGUUAUACUUGGCUCAGGAUGGGAUCCAGGCCCCUGGCAUGUCCAUCCCAUAUGAGCGCUGGAGCUGAGACACCAGGGUGAUGCCAUAAGGGAAAUUUCCUGCCUAUGCCACCAGAGAGAUUUCCCACCAACUUUGUGAACCUUGAUUGCCUAGUUUGUGGACAAGCAGCAAUAGCACAAGAGCAUCCUUUCCCCAAAACUUGUGGGCACAUGGCCACAUUUAGCCUUGAUGCAGAGACACAUCUAAGCAUGCAUACCCUCACACACAUACACACACAUACUCAGCCUCCUACGUACAUGCAUUUCCCUGGUGCAGCUCCCAGGGAUGGCUGGGUGAGAAAGUCCCACCAUCAAGGGGGCCUGUCUCCCUGGACAAAAAUGAGGCUCUCGUUUCCUUUUUUCUUUGCCCUAAUCAUUGAAACCAUCAUCACAAAGGCCCCAACAUACCAGCAUUUAUACUUUCAGUGACAUACAGACAGAAGAAGAGAGCUACAUGGCACCAACAAGUGAGCUACAGGUACAAUGUUUUCUCCCAAGGCAGUCUGCACAUUCCCUCUCAAGCUCUCCAUCAGGGAGACAAUGUCAUGGUCCCAGGUCUCUGUGCUCCAGGACAGACCCCAGGCCUCUAGCUCCAGUAGAAAAUGAGUCUCCUCUCCACCUCUGGCCCUACAGUACUGAGGUGACUUUCUCUGGGGUCUUGAGAAAGAAUGGAGGUCGGUCUCUUCGUGAGCUUAAUGAAGCACUUAGAUGCCAUGUAUCUGGCCCCUUUAAUGUUGGGCAUUUUUAAGCAAUUUGGAGUAAGCGUCUUCUACACCUGUUUUAUGCUUUAUGAGAACUUCAGUGAGAUCUGAGAAAUGCCCAUGUUUGUCAUUUGUCCUUUUGUUUCUUAGGUUUAUAAUAAAGACUAUUCUAUUUUGGGAAUGUGUGUGUGUGGUGUUUUAAGGAGUUUGGAAGCAGUAAUCUAGAGUAUACCUUGCCGGGUAAAAGAAGCUGGCACAUUGGGUGGGUUCCAUAUAGCUGGGCCCCUCUUUCUAGGCUCAGGCCUCAGCAGGGCAGCAGGCAGAACCAAGAAUACUGUUAUCAGUUCCAGAAGCUCAGGAGCCCACUUCCUCCCUCCAGGCUGGUACUCCUUGGGUUGUGCUAUGGGUCCUGGCUCCACCGGAUCACACGGGCUGCUCUUCCAGGCCCU